AUGUAUAAGAACUAUGUGAAUAUGAUAUUUGGUGUUUACAUCGUCAAACUGCUCUUAGCUGGCUACUGCCCGCUUCCAUGCAAGUAUGCUUUAUAUGGGCGGAGGGAUGGGUUGCCUUACAAAAACCGGGAUAACAGAGGGGACAACGGCAUUUCCACACAAUCCCAAGUCCGCGAAAGAAAGCAACUUCUGAUCAGGAGUUAUAUCUGCACUUCCGGACCUGUCAAUCAUACUUCCAAUGCUCUGGUACAGCUCAAAAAAUCACGCUCCGCACUGUGCUCGCCCACACACCCCAGGCUCCUUCUCAUAGAGAAUCUCAGUCAUAUGUCCGGGGUCGCCUGCCGCCGGGCAGACGUAUCGCUCCACCGCGUUGGGGAGUUCGCGGUUGCAGGAUGCGCAGCGCAGUCGGAUUGUUGUGCACAUGCUGAUGAUGUGGGCAAAUAGUCAGGAUAUGCCAGGAGGUUC